CCAUGGGCUUGCAGACCCUGGCGCUAUGGAGCAGGCCAUGCCCUCCCUGCCGGCCUCCUGCCUCCUGGCCCAGGCAGCCAUCGCCUGUGGCAACGUCAAGAUGAAACACGUUCCUGCCCUGUCCGACCCCGGCCUGACCACGCUCUACCUGGCAGAGAAUGAAAUUGCCAAGAUCCCGGCCCAUGCAUUCCUGGGACUGCCCAACCUGGAGUGGCUGGACUUGAGCAAGAACAAGCUGGAUGCCCUUGGCCUGCACCCCCACGCCUUCAAGAGUCUGACGCGGCUGAAGCGUCUGAACCUGGAUGGGAACUCACUGUCCACGGUGCCGGCCUUGCCUGCCUCCCUGCAGGAGCUCAAACUCAACGACAACCUUCUGCAGGGCCUGCAGCGCGGCAGCUUCCGGGGGCUCGGCCAGCUGCUGACACUGGAGGUGGAAGGGAACCGGCUGCACGAUGGGAACAUCUCCCCCCUGGCCUUCCAACCCCUACGCAGCCUGCUCUACCUGAGGCUGGACCGGAACCGGCUGCGGACCAUCCCGCCCGGCCUUCCAGCCUCCCUACAGGAGCUGCACUUGGGCACCAACGUCAUCGAGGAGGUGACAGAGGGCACACUGAACCGCAGCCGCAGCCUCAGCGUGCUGGUUCUCAGCAACAACCGGCUCCAGGAGGACCGGCUGGCGCCCCGCGCUUGGAUCGAUCUUCCGAAGCUGGAGGCCUUGGACUUGUCAUACAACCGGCUGGUGCACGUGCCCUCCUUCUUGCCCCGGGGCCUCCGCCGCCUGACGCUGCACCACAACCGCAUCGAGCGCAUCCCCGGCUACGUGUUCGCGCACAUGAAGCCGGGCCUGGAGGUCCUGCAUCUUUCCCACAAUAGCCUGCAUGAGGACGGCAUCCACGGCGUGUCCUUCCUGGGCCUGCAAGCCUCCCUGGCCGAGCUGCUCCUGGACCACAACCAGCUGCAGGCCGUCCCACAGGGCCUCCUGGGCCUCAGGGCACUGCAGGUGCUGCACCUCAGCCACAACAAGAUCAGGCACGUGCCCCUGAAUUCCAUCUGCGACACACGCGUGGCCCAGGACUCCAACCUCACCUCCACGCACCUGGAGAACAACCUUAUAGACCGGCGCCGCAUUCCACCCACCACGUUCUCCUGCAUCCGGGCCUACCACAGCGUGGUCCUCCAGCCCCAGCAGGGGGAGGGGGAGUCCGCCUAGCCCCACCAGCCUUCCCCACCCCACCAGCUCUUUGGGGACUGGGUGGGUGGCGGGGCAUCUUUGCACCACUGGGAGAAAGAUCCAGAAGACCCUGCUGCUUCAGAUGCGCCCAUGUCCCAUUGACUGCUGAGGCCCCUUCA